AUCGACACCCCAAACCGGUCGCAGAUCUAGCCCACCUCAUCCAUCCUUCAGCGCCAGUAGGGCCCCAUCGACAGAAAGCCACAAGACCCAAUACAAGCCCUCACCAUGACCGACAAAAAGUCAGCCGAAACGAGCAGCGAGCCGCCCAUCGGGCAAGGCGAGGUAGCCAAGAAUCACAAGGAUCAGCUCGCAGAGCUUGAUAGGAUGGCAUCAAAGGUUCGCUUCAAGCUUGACAAGCAUCGAGCCGCCCUUGAUUCGGCCCUUGAUCGCGAUCAGCAAGCAUCCAGAAAAGGUCAUGUUGCGUCAGACGAUCCCCGUAUCUGGUCAAACGCCAGAAGGGAACAGGAGGCACGAGAGCAGGCAGAGCGUAAGAUAAGGGACAUAUACCGCAACUACAUGGCUGCCACUAUCAUUUUGUCACUUAUAGACAGCCAGCAGAGGUGA